CCAGGAAGCCCUGGGGAUUGCGAAGAGGUGGGCCAAGGAGGAGGGGAAUGACAUUCAGAAGAGGCCCAGGGAAACCUGCACCAAUAAUCAGACCGACCCUAAGUUUCGAGGACCUCCCCUCGCCCCUCUUCUUCCCCUCCUUCCCACACUGGGACCCUGUCCUAAGAUCCCAGGGCCAGUGCCACCGGAGGAACAAGACCCAAGCUCCAGAUCCUGGCCUGAGGGACCUGCGGGGCCUGUCUUGGGGACCAUCCCCUCCCCUCUCCGGACGAAUCCUGCGGCACCGCCCCUCAGGCGCCCACACCCGCGCCCGCGCCCGCUCGGGCUGGAGACGUGGGCGCCGCGGGCCGCAGCGGGCACCUCAGGAGAACGUGGGCCGCGGCGCAGCUGGGAGCGAGAAUCUAAUUUCUUUCAUGCUUCUUUCUAAAUAAAAUAAAAUAAAUAAUAAGGGGGAAAAUUCCCCAGUUCCCACUGCAACUUGGAGGAGCAGGGAGGAUUGGAAAGGACUGACGCAGAGGCUUCGUUUAUGGAUAUUGAAGAAGUUCAGAGCAAGCCCUUGGCAGGACCAGCCCGGAGGACCCAUGCGCGCGCGCGGAGGUGCGGAGCGCCCCCUGACCCAGCUCGGAGGUAAUGAGGCCCCGGUGGCCGGGAUCCGGGCGGCCCCGCGUGGGAAGCGGCCCCUCUAGGUCUCAUCGCCUCUCUGGCUCAGAGACUUUCUGCUGCAGCCAGCAUGAUGGACAAUGAAGCUGAAUUAAGGACUGAUGGAAACUCCCUGCUGAAGGCUGUGUGGCUGGGGCGGCUCCGGCUGACCAGGCUGCUGCUAGAAGGUGGUGCUUACAUCAAUGAGAGCAAUGACAAAGGUGAAACUGCACUCAUGGUGGCAUGUAUCACGAAACAUGUGGACCAGCAGAGCAUCAGCAAGUCCAAGAUGGUAAAGUACUUGCUGGAUAACAGGGCAGACCCCAACAUACAGGAUAAGUCUGGAAAGACUGCACUUAUCCACGCCUGCAUCAGGAGAGCUGGGGGAGACGUGGUCUCCCUGUUGCUGGAGAAUGGAGCAGACCCUAGCCUUGAGGAUCGCACUGGAGCUUCAGCUCUGGUUUAUGCAAUAAAUGCAGAUGACAAGGACGCCUUGAAACAUCUCCUCAAUGCAUGCAAAGCCAAAGGGAAGGAAGUGAUUAUCAUAACAACAGAUAAGUCAUCUUCAGGUACCAAAACCACCAAACAGUAUCUCAACAUCCCUCCUUCACCCAAAGUGGAUGAGAGACAGUCGCCUCCCCUGUGUGCCUCCCCCUCUGACAUUGAGCUGAAGGCUCCACCCAGUGAGAAGGCAGAUGACUUCUUCAGCCUCCAGACUGGACACUUAAGUGGCAGUAACAUCACAAAGGUCCUUGCAGAGCCUGGAUCACCCAACAGAAAAAUUGGUAACCUCAGGAGGGCCCGUUUGCCCCAACUGAAGAGGCUGCAGUCUGAGCCCUGGGGCCUGAUUGCGCCCUCCGUGCUGGCUGCCUCCAAGCAUCAAGAUGAAAUCCAGGGUUCCAGCACAGACAGUGAGGUCAUAAAGAACCUCAGUGAUGUGUGCUUUCCUAAGAGGGGGCCCCUGUCCAGAACCAACAGCAUCGAUGGCAAAGACCCUGCCCUCUUCCCUGCUGUCACAGAGCAGCAGAUUCUAAAGGCUGCAGCACCCUCAGCACCAGCCUCUUGGAAAGGCCCCGCUCCCCAUCUUCGCCUGGCCUGGAGAGGAACCCUCCCUGUUGACCAAGAAAGGAGUGGUGCCAAUGUAUCAGGACCCUCCUCUCUCAAAGAUCCAGCAUCCCUCAAAUGGCUGGAAAACAAUCUCUAUGACCUAGACUUACAGCCAGGCCCUGACCCAGCCAACUCUACUCCCAUUGAGUCAGGCAAAGGCCCCUCUGAUAGAAAGAAGCUCAAUGGCUCCCUCAUGUCCCUCUUCCAGGGCUCCCAGGAGUCUCUGGAGGCCAUGCCCAGUACUUCCCCCAGCUCAGUGCAUCGCCCGCCACACCUUCUAGAGAGACGAGGUUCUGGAACUCUGCUCCUAGACCACAUUGCUCACACUAGGCCUGGCUUCCUUCCACCUUUAAAUGUGAAUCUGAACCCACCAAUCCCAGAUAUUAGACCUGGUGGCAAACCAUCUUCCCCACUCGCUAGUGGCUUAAAACCUAUGAUUCCCAUUGCUCCAAGCUCACCAAAGAGAGUUGACUUGAGAAGUACAAAGAAGCUUCUCCGAAGGCAUUCCAUGCAAGUUGAGCAGAUGAAGCAGCUGUCUGGCUUUGAAGAAAUCAAGACCUAGCACCUUUUAGAAUGGCUUUCCUCUCUAAGUGUGUGUAGUUCAUUGAAGGGACCAAAAAUCCAGACCUACACAGCCAUGCAGAGUCUCUGCAUCCUGAUCAUUCCCUAAGGUUGGUGUGGCCACAUCUGAGGACAUGGAGAUAGGGUGCUGCCUCGCUUCUGAAAUAAACAGGGAUUAUUUCAGAGAAUUUACUGCUGAAAUAAUUCCUGGGAUUUUAUAGGCCUACUUGAAAAGAGCUCAGGAAAAUUAGGUUUUAGAGAUAAAAUUACAAGAAAAAAGUUUUCCGAAGGAAGAAAACCUUUGCAGUGUGGAGGUCACACAGCAAGCGCAGUGUCUGAAGUUGUGGACACCAGUUAUUUUCUGUAAGACAAACAGAAAACACACAUUUAGAUCACAAGAUGUCAUUUGAAGGAUGUCAUCGGUUAUCUGUGAAGUGCCUAAAAAGAAAAUAUGGCUUUGACAUUCUUUGGAAUGUGCAAAACCUCAAAACCAACCCCUAAGCUACUAUAUCUGGUUUCAUCAAAUGCAGUAGAAGCAGACUUCUCCCAACAGAGAGGGCCUGGCCUGUGGCACUUGCCUCAUGUUAUGUUGUAGGCAUCGCCAAGCAUGGCCGAGCUCCUUCAGCUCUCCAGAAACAGGCUUUGUGGGUGUGCACAAUGUCCUACACAUCCCUCCACAUGCCCCUUUCUGAUAUGUCAUCCACUGGAGCUGCAGGGAGGAGUCCUGAUCAGGAAGGAAGCUUUCCCUAGUCCCUGGCCCCAACAUAGGCCCUGGGUGGAAAUCUUGUGGAAAACAAAUUUACUAAUGUGGAUGUGAACAUGAUAUAAUCCAUAGAACAAAAAUGCCUUUCCCAAUUAUUCUUGAGAGAACAUGAAGAGAUCCACCAGAGCAACGGGCAGUGAAAGGCUCUGCACCAAUGCUUCUCAGGCUGGAAGUGUGGCCUGAAGAUGUUAGCGGUUGCAAACUGUAAUUUGCCUUCCAGUGAUCUGGGUGAUUCAAGAAACAUCUGGAUCCUUCUUUGCCUGUGUUAUCUGGAGAUAGGAGACGUAUAGAAACAAUCUGUGUAAUCCUUUUAAAUACUCUGAAGAAACUCAAAGAAGGAAACAUGUUUAGCACAUUUGCUGCUACACUUUAGAUGAAAAUAUUCUUGUUUUCGUCCCAUGUAUUUCUCCUCUCAUGCAGCCCACGUGUACUUGUUCCAUGGAUGAAAAGUUCACCUGUCCCUAGAGGUGGAAUCAUGCAGAUAGAAGAGCAAUUCUUUGAGUCUGACAGCCUUGGGUUUGCACCCUGGCCUCAUCAUUUACUACAGUGUGACCCUAAGAAAGUAGCUCAGCAUCUUGAUUUCCCUCUUCUGUAAAAUGGGAUCAGUAAUGUUUGCUUUGCAAGGUUAUGGUGAGAAUGAAGUGACACAGUGCAUUAAAGUGAUUUUGUGCCUGGCACAGGUAGACAUCAUGAGAUAAAAGGUAGCUAAUUUAAAUAUAUUUCUUGAAACUUCCGAAGCCUCAAAAUCUCAAUUCUUAAAUGAUAUACACAAUGGAGUAAAGUCUAACUGAAAGAUGCUUGUCUCCUUGAGAGUCCCACAAGUUCUAUAAACUCUGAUUCCUAAAUUCAUUUGUAGAGUAAGACAUUCUGCCAGAAAUAGAUCUAAAUAACGCCAACAAAAAUCUUAAUGAUAGUCAUAAAGUGCUUAUUUUUGUGAUUCCAUUAGGGCAAGCUCUUAACCUCAGUACCAUUGACAGUUGAGGCUGGAUGAUUUUUUUCUGGGGUGAGGAUAUCUGCCCUGUGUAUUGUAGGAUAUUUAUCAGCUCACAAGAUGGCAACAGCACCUUGCUCCUCAGUGUGACAACCAAAAUGUCCCCAGACCUGACCAGGUGUCUCCUGAGUGCAACAUUGCCUUGGCUGGUCACUGUGCUUUAGCAAACAGCUGUGUCAGUAGUAGAAAUGUGCCAAGAACCACAGAGCCAACUGGACGUGUGGCCUUCAGGACUCUUGGCAAGCAGACACAACACAAGCACUAAAGGUCUCUGUGCCUUGCAGGAUAGGCAAAAAAUGAGAAGAAAAGCAUAUAAGGUGGUGAAAAUGUACAGCUCAAGAAUUUGGCUCAGUGUGGAUGCUCAUAUGGUUUUCAGAACCACUCAGUUGUUACCAGAUCUUACCAUGUAGGCCCAAUUAUAGGUAAAGAAACAGCUUCCAUCAUUAAAGAGAGAAUUGUACAACUAUUGGUUUCAGCAGCUCAUCACACACGCGCACACACACACACACACACACACGGCACAUUUUAAGUAUUUUUUCAGUUAUUGUCAGUGCCAAUUAAAACUACCUGGCUGUGGGGACAGCAAGACCUAGCAUAGGAGCAUUUUGUGUACAAACUUGGAAGGCUGAUUUAUCUGCAGUAGAGCUUGGUGGAUUUGUAGUGAUUAGCUCAGGCAAAGCACCAGGUGUGGGGAGCAGCCCUGUCAGGGUGGCUGGCCCAUCAAAUAGAAGCAAAGUCAAAGUCAGGAACUCUCUGGCCACUCCCUGCCUACAUCUCAGCAUGACCUUCCCACAGGCCUUUCUCUGGCAGGUGCCGGGACAGCCCCCCCCUCCCCCGCCACCAUCACCUCUUGAGGAUGCAUUAGCUGAAUUAGACUUGUUCUACAUUAGUACAAUGGCCAAAAUACCUUGUCAUGGUUUAUGCAUAAAUAAGCAGUUUUGUCCACAUCAGUGAACCUCACAGAAUGCUUUUCAAAAGCAUAUUUUAGAUUUGAACAUGCUUUCUAGAUCAGAGGUUAGCUUUUCGUUUUGGAAUCCUAGAGUCACUGUGUAAGUUAGCUUCAAACUGUAGUUCCAAUGAUCUAUCCACUUAAGAUUUUUUAGACUGUUCAUUAAAAUUUAAUCCAGAAUAUGAGCCUAAUGUUUAAAGUCUGGUACUUUGAUUUAACUUCUAGACAUUCCAAAGCCUUUAAAAAACCCACCAACCCUUGUAGAUUCUCUUGGAACUUCAUGCAGUGGCCAGCCUGUGCACAUGGUGGGUCCUGGACCUCCUCCUUAUGUGUUGGUACUUUGGCCCCAUGUGCCCCAUGCUGCUGGUCGGCCCUCUGCAGUGCCCCAUCCGUCUUAAGCUGAAGAUGUGCUCAAAGAUGUGUCAGAAUCCAUGUAAUGAAACUAAUACUUCAAUAAAAGAUCUAUU